CGUGGUCAGUCUCCCAUCCCUCGAUCGAGCUGCUGGGCAUCUCUAGUCGCGUUUGAGAAGAAGCAGUUUGAUAUUGCUGAAACCAAUUGAAUUGUUUCAAGUAUGGCGGACGAAGAGCACGAAUAUUAUGGCUAUUAUUACGGGGACGAUGAAGAUCGGGGUUUACUGGAUACCGCUUGGGAGAAUCAACAGAAAAAGACUUUUACGGCUUGGUGUAACUCACAUUUACGAAAAGUAGGCGUGCAAAUAGAAACUAUCGAAGACGACUUUCGUGAUGGCCUCAAGCUUAUGAUUUUACUCGAAGUGAUUUCCGGUGAACGAUUGCCGAAACCUGAACGGGGCAAGAUGAGAGUGCACAAAAUUACCAACGUUUUAAAAGCGCUCGACUUCGUUGUCACGAAGGGAGUAAAGUUGGUUUCUAUCGGUGCUGAAGAAAUCGUGGAUGGUAACUUAAAAAUGACUCUGGGCAUGAUAUGGACUAUCAUUCUACGGUUUGCAAUUCAAGAUGUCGCUUUCGAAGAGUUAUCGUCAAAGGACGGCCUUCUCUUGUGGUGUCAGAAGAAGACAGCACCCUAUAAGAAUGUCAAUGUUCAAAACUUUCACAGAAGUUUCAAAGAUGGUUUGGCAUUCUGCGCGCUUAUUCACCGUCACAGGCCUGAGUUGUUAAACUAUGCGGAGCUCAGACAGGAUAACCCCGUUCACAAUCUCAACCUGGCUUUCGAAGUUGCUGAGAAACACCUUGAUAUCCCAAAAAUGUUGGAUGCAGAAGAGAUGGCAAGCAUGGAGAAGCCCGACGAACGUGCUGUGAUGACGUAUGUCUCCUCAUAUUACCACGCUUUCUCAAGUUCGCAACAGGCUGAAACUGCAUCUAAACGAAUUUGCAAAGUUUUGGACGUGAACCGGGAAAAUGAAGGACGAAUGGAGGAAUACGAGAAGCUCGCCAGUGAUCUGUUGGAUUGGAUUAAUAAAACGAUGCCAUGGCUUCAAGAUCAUACAUCUGACGGUACUUUACCAGGAGUUAAGAAAAAGUUGGAGGAAUAUCGUAAAUAUCGUGGCAAUGAAAAACCCCCUCGCGUUGAAGACAAAGCUAGCCUGGAAACACUGUUCAACACUCUGCAAACCAAACUGCGAUUAAACAAUCGUCCAGCAUACCUUCCCAGCGAGGGAAAGAUGAUUAACGACAUCAACAACGCCUGGAACCGGCUUGAAGGAGCGGAGAAAGAAUUCCAGGACUGGUUAUUACAAGAAUUACGAAGAAUGGAAAGGUUAGAUCAUCUUGCGGCGAAAUUCAAGCACAAAUGCGAUAUCCACGAAGCCUGGACAGAGGGAAAACCAGAAAUGUUACAACUGGAUAACUAUUCUGAUGCCAGCCUCGCUGAAAUUUUGGCUUUGAUGAAGAAACACGAAGCAUUCGAAAGCGACCUCGCCGCGCAUCAAGAUCGUGUCGAACAAAUUGCCGCUAUUGCUCAAGAACUGAACGCUCUGAAGUACAGUGAGAUUGACGGUGUGAACUCGCGUUGCCAGUCUAUUUGCGAUGGUUGGGACACACUAGGCCAGCUUGCUGUCGACAGAAGGCAGGCAUUGGAGGAUGCAAAAGCUCGCCGAGAACAAAUAGAUAUGUUGCGUUUGGAGUUUGCUAAGAAAGCUGCACCGUUCAAUAACUGGUUGGAAGGUGCUAAAGAAGAUCUCAUGGAUAUGUUCAGUGUUCAUACAAUUGAUGAAAUCCAGGAACUGUUGGAUGCCCACGAAGCAUUCAAGGCAAACAUGCAAGCUGCCAACGACGAAUUUGAUUCAAUUAUGUCCCUUGUCUCUGAAAUGAAUGCACUGGGAUGUACUGACAAUCCCUACACGACGCUUACACCUGAGGAUAUCCACAACAGGUGGACCGAAGUUUUGGAUUUAGUUCCGCAACGUGAAGAACUCUUGAAGAAAGAACUUCAUAACCAACAAUCUAACGAACAACUACGUCUGAACUUCGCAAAUAAAGCGAACGUUUGCGGUCCUUGGAUUCAAACACAGACUGAACAGCUCCGAAACAUUGGCAUACAAAAUCACAAAACGUUGGAGGAUAAUCUCAAAGUGCUGCAGAGCUUUGAAAAGACAUGUACUGCUUAUAAACCGAACAUCGAUGAGCUUGAAGACAUCCACCAGGGAGUUCAACAAGCUUUGAUCUUUGAAAAUCCUCACACGCAGUAUUCAAUGGACGUACUUCGCGUCGGCUGGGAACAGCUGCUGACUGGAAUAGCGAGAAAUAUCAACGCCGUUGAGAACCAGAUAUUGACCAGAGACUCAAAGGGAAUCACCGAAGCACAAAUGAAAGAAUUUAGAGACACUUUCAAUCACUUCGACAGAGACAAGUCGAUGUCUUUGGAGCCUCAUGAGUUCAAGAUGUGUCUUAUUAGUUUGGGAUACAAUUUGAAAGAAGGUGAAAGGGGAGAGGAAGAGUUUGGUCGUCUUAUGCAAAUCGUGGAUCCAAACGAAACAGGCAAAGUCACAUUCCAAGCUUUUGUUGACUUCAUGACACAAGAAGUGGCAGACACUGACACGGCCGAACAAGUCAUGGACUCGUUCAAAAUUCUCGCUGGUGAUAAGCCAUACAUUACUGCGGACGAACUACGCCGGGAAUUGCCGCCCGAUCAAGCUGAGUACUGUAUUGCCAGAAUGGCGCCUUAUGAAGGUGAAGAUGGCGUGGACGGUGCCUUGGAUUACAUGUCGUUUUCAACUGCUCUGUACGGGGAGAGUGACUUGUAGACUGAACACUAGAGGUGGUAGUAUUCAAUCGUGACAAAUUAUUGGUUUUUAUUCGCAAAUUGUAAUGUGUCAAAGUAUAAAAUUUAAGUAGCUAGAGAACCUUCGGAAUCGAUUCCAGGAAAUUUGGUAAAAUUUAACCGCAUAAAAAUGUUUUUGUUAAAUUCAGAUAUCGAAUGAGUAGAUAGCUUAGACCUCGUGUACUUUGAAAUGUGAUUUGUGAAAAUUUAUAUUUUUGACCAUUUUAUUAUUAAAGAAUUCUUAUUGUGUUGAUGAA